AUGAAGGAAACAAAAUCUGGUGAAACUUCAGGUGCUACUGCUAAUCAAGGUGCAAAUUCAGGUUAUGGUUCUUCUUCAUCUAACGCUAAUACUUCCAAUGUUGGAUCUUCUUCUGGUUAUGAUACUGGUACUGGUGCCGCAGCUGGAGCUGGUAUUGCUGGAGCUGGUAUUGCAGGUCAUCAUGCUUCUAAAUCUGGUGAUGCUACUGCUACUUCAGGUUCUUCAUCUCAUCCAAACUCAUCUGGUAAUACUACUGGAUAUAAUGAUCCUUCCACAACUUCUUCUCGUCAACCUCAAGUUUCUGCUGGUUCAUCAUCUGGUUAUAAAGAUCAAACUUCAUCAAGAGGUGCUACUCAACCUGAUUAUGAAACUUCCUCAUCUUCCGCUGCUCCUGUUUCUAGAGAAACUCAACCAUCAAGUUCUUCAUCUCAUGGUUAUGGUAAAGAAGCUACAGGUGCUGCUGCUGGAUUAGGGGCAGGAGGUGUUGCAGGUGGUGGUGUUGCUUCCAAUUCUAGUGGAUCUACUGAACAAUCUGGUACAAGUGAAAAUAGAAAGAGUGGAUUAUUUUCAAGAUUUUCUAAAAAAGAUGCUUCAUCAGUUGCUAAAGGUGCAAAGGAAGAUGCUAGUAAAUUUUCUGGUCAAGCUCAAGGUAUUGCCUCUGAUGUUAAAAAAGGUGAUUAUUCAAGUGCAAAGAAAUUUGCUGCUGAUGCUAAAGAGAACCCAGAUAAAUAUGUUGGUAACACUAGAUCCGCUUUCAAUGAAUCAAAAUCUGGAUCUUCAGCUGCUGGUACAAAAGAUACAACCAAUGCUGCAAGUCAAGUUCCUAGUGAUUCUGGUCAUACUUCUGGUCAUGGUGUUGGUAAAGGAGCUGCUGUUGGUGCUGGUGCCGCAGGUGCAGGUGCUUAUGCAGCUAGUAAUUCUCAUUCAGGUUCAACUCAACAACAUCAAUCAUCUGGUAAAUCAACUGGUGCAUCAGGUUCAGGUUCAAGUUCAACUGGUGCAGCUGGUGCUACUCUUCCUCCACAAUUGGCUUCUGAUGGUUCAAAUGGUUAUCAAUCUAAAUCUACUAGUGGUGCUCAUACCUCUUCUGGACAUGAAUCAUCAACAGGUUAUACAGGAUCUAAACAUGAUGUUUUUGGUAAUCAACCACCACAAGCUUUGAAGAAUUCUGAUGCUAAAGGUUAUACAUCUGCUCAACAAGCUGAACAAGAACCAAGUUCUGGUGGUCAAUCUACUGGUGGUCAAUCUACUAGUGGUCAUGCUGGUACAGGUGCUGCUGCUGGUGCUGCCAUUGGUGGAGCAGGUGUUGCAGCUCAUUCUCAAGGGAAAUCAAAUGAAGCUCCAUCAUCCACCAAGAAUGAACAAGGUAUUCCACAAAAUUUGUCAAAUCCAUUUACUGAUGGUUCAGCUCCACAACAGCAACCAAAUAAUCCAAAUGCUGAUGAUGUUUCAGGAGGUGAACAAAAGACAUUAGAUCCAAAAUCUGCAGAUCAAGUUAAAACAAGUUCAGGACCAGAUCAUCAAGCUCCAAAAUCUUCAACUUCAAAACCAUCAAAAGUUGCAGCUACUGAAGAUUCUCAUCCAACUUCGCUAGGUGUUGAUAAUCAAGAUAAAUCAAGUGGUAGUGGAUAUGGAUUUGGUGGUAUCGCAGCAGGAUUAGCUGGUGCAGCUGGUGCUACAGGAUUAGCUAGUAAAAUUGGAGGAGGUGGUUCUAACCAAGAAACUAAAGAAGGUUCUAUCCCAAGCGGUGGACAAAAAGUUAGUUCUAAUUUAUCAAAAGAUGCAGCUGGUGAAGGAUAUUUAGAAACUGCAAAGGGAUAUGCUGAGAAUGCUGGAUCAACAUUUAAUGAUUAUGUUCAAGUUGCAGCUGAUAAAGCUGAUGAAUAUGCCAAAGGUAGUGAUAAUAAAUAUAUUGGUCAAGGGAAUGAAUAUGUUCAACAAUUGGCUGAAAAAUCUGAUGAAUAUGCUAAACAACAUGGUGAAUCUAGUAAAAACAAGAGUGUUAGUGAUUCAAAGAGUUCAGCAGGUGCAGCUGCCACUAAACCAAGUUCUGGUGGUAAACAAAGUGGUCAAGAGCUGAGUAAUAAAUCAAGUAAAGUUGGUGGUGCUGGUGCUAGUUCAGGUGCUGCUGGUGCUACAGGUGCUACAGGUGCUGCUACAUCAGGUUCUACUUCAGGUGCUGCUGGCUCCACAUCAGGUACUAGUGCCUCUGGUUCCUCAGCUGCUGCACAAUUUGCCAACAAGAAAUCUGGACAAGAUGAACAAGAACAAUCUGAAUCCUUACCAAAGCAUUUCCAACAUGAAAAUAAGAAUCCAUUUAGUGGUAAAACAGGACCAGUUCCAGGUACAGAGGAUCAAGUUAUUCCACAUACUCAAACUUCGGAUAUCCCUAAAGCUGAACAAGGAUAUGGAGCUACACAUGCUGCACAUGGUCAUACAGCAUCUGCUCAACCUACAAAAGCUAGUGAUUCAUUACAACCUCCAAGGGCUAAUGCUGGGUAUGAUACUGAUUCCAAUUCAAGUACUUCAUCACCAAAGAAGCGUGGGUUAUUAUCAAAGAUUAAACAAAAAGUUAAAGGUGAGAGUAGUGCACCAAGUUCUACACAGGGGACACCAAAGAAGACAAGUACUUAA